GAACUUCAUUUCCCACAAUGCAGAUGGAAUUUGUUUGGAGCGCAUGCGCAGCGCCGUUUACGUUCGGAGGAGGGUCGACUUGCGCCUGUUGUAGCGUAGCUAACCUCUAAAGGGACUAACAGCUUGCACCGUCGUCAGCUAUUAUUGUUUUCUCUUUACGCUAGGGAUUGUUUAUCCUAGAUUUAAAGUAUGAACAAAGAUGAUUUCACACGAGGGCGGGGGAGGAAACCAGCGGUUCCCGAUAAAGUCGACAUGUCGUUAGAUGACAUCAUUCGGUUAAACAAAAAAGAGCAACAGUUAAAAAGGAGACAGGCCACUGUGAACCGCCGACCAGUCAAGAAGAAAGGCCGUUUGACCCAAGGAAAGGGAGUUUCGUCAAGGGUCGCUGGAGCAGCCCUGAGAGGAGGUGGCGUACCUCGAGGUGGAACAGCACCUAAAUUAAAAAACAGAAGGGUCCCUCCACCACCGGGUCGUCGACGGGGUCAAGGAGUUAUCACAGGACUGGCAGCCAGGAGGCCAGCUGCCCUGCUGAAACGAGUCGGCACAUUUAGCAGAGCAGCAGUCAACCAGAAAACAAGACAGAAAACAAAACCCUUCAUCCAGCGCCCUGAAACCCAGUACAGGAAGCCAGAGGUUCAGAGGCGGCCGUAUAGGCAGCCGGAUCCACAGAGAGGCCAGAAUGCAACAUCAGUCAGGAGACCAUUUCAGCUUCAGCGACGACCGCUGCCAACUAUCCAGCAGACUCAGAGGGAAGCGCGCCAGGCCACAUUUCUUUUUCGCAGAGGACUUAAGAUACAAGCCCAGGUGCAAAAACCAAAUCCUCGCACUCCUCCGGUCAGAACUCGCCAGUGGCGCACGUCAGCAGCCAGCAGCGGAAUCCUGACUGUCUCAAUUGACAACCCCACAGCCAGGACUCAGCCUGAACCUCCCACUGCUUGGACCCUGCAUCCCCCAGCUGCCACCUCUGCUCCUGUCAGGGUGGAAACGGUGGAGAAGAAAAUACCAAAAGGAGUGCCUCUGCAAUUCGACAUCAACAGUGUUGGGAAACCGCAAACAUCGAUGACCCUGAAUGAGCGAUUUCGUAUCCUAAAAGAUCGGCGUGCCGCCACAGCACAAAGCACUAGAGGCAGCCGAUUUGUUACUGUGGGUUAGCCAGGAAGUAGACUGUGACAAGGAAUGCUCGGAAGCCCGUCUGUCCUGCUCAGACCCACACGGUGAACUCCACCUUUCUGAUGGAUGGGACGUGCUGACCCUCUGACUUCACUAAUGGGAAGGAGUGGGACAAAUUAGUCCAACUUGCACAACAGCUCAACUGAGCCCGACUGUACAAGUGUCAGUGGAAGAGUUUGCUUAAAAUUAGUUCCCAUUCAUUGUCCAUAUCAUUGCUCUCCACUGUUUAUAUUGUGGAUGUCCUGUACUGGGAAGGAAAGAGCUUUUUUUGUUCCCCACCUUUGGACUCGGAGCUUUCGAUGGUAUUAUGAAGUCUGCUCGGAAGUUUAUCUUCUAAGAGAGGUAUUUGACAGUGUGUCACGUAUGUUCUCAAUAUCCAUUUUCUGACAUUUUUGAGAAUUCUUUUGUAAUGUUUCUUCAAAUAAAUCAGUUUCUCUUUAAA